GCAAGGGCCUCCGCGAGUGUCGGGGAGCCGGAGUCAGCCGGGACGACGCAGACUCCACGUGCCCCGGGCCCCCCCCAGCAGGCCUGAGGGUCUCGCGUUCCCGGCAAGCCAGGGGUGUCGCCUUGCGCGCACCCUCCAGCCUCACUCUGCGGACGGAGUCAUGUCCGGGAGCGGAGAUGCGGCCGCUGGGGACGGAAACAGCCCAAAGAUGAGAGUGAUCCGCGUGGGUACCCGCAAGAGUGAGCUGGCAAGGAUACAGACAGACAGUGUGGUGGCUAUGCUGAAGGACCUGUACCCUGGUCUGCAGUUUGAAAUCAUUGCAAUGUCCACCACUGGGGACAAGAUCCUGGAUACUGCACUGUCUAAGAUUGGGGAGAAAAGCCUAUUCACUAAGGAGCUGGAGUAUGCCUUGGAAAAGAACGAAGUGGACCUGGUUGUGCAUUCCUUGAAGGACUUGCCCACUGUACUGCCCCCAGCCUUCACUAUCGGUGCCGUCUGCAAGCGGGAGAGCCCCUAUGAUGCUGUUAUCUUCCACCCUAAAUAUGCUGGGCAGACCUUGGGUACCCUGCCAGAGAGGAGUGUGGUAGGGACCAGCUCCCUUCGUAGAGCAGCCCAGUUGCAGCGGAAAUUUCCACAUCUGGAAUUCAAAAGUAUUAGAGGGAAUCUCAAUACUAGGCUUCGGAAGCUGGAUGAACAGCAGGAAUUUAGUGCCAUUAUCCUGGCAGCAGCUGGACUGCAACGUAUGGGUUGGCAGAGCCGUGUAGGGCAGCUCCUGUACCCUGAAGAAUGUCUGUAUGCUGUGGGCCAGGGGGCCCUGGGUGUUGAGGUCCGAGCCAAGGACCAGGAAGUGCUGGAUUUGGUUCGUGUGCUACAUGAUCAUGAGACCUUACUCCGAUGUAUUGCUGAGAGGGCUUUCCUGAGGCACCUGGAAGGAGGCUGCAGCGUGCCUGUGGCAGUCCACACAGUUCUCAAGGAUGGGCAGCUAUACCUGACUGGAGGAGUCUGGAGUCUGGAUGGCUCAGAUAGUCUGAAGGAAACCAUGCAGACAACCAUCAACGUCUCAGCCCAGCAUGAAGAUGGCCCAGAUGAUGAUGUGCAGCGGGUGGGCAUCACUGCUCGGAAUGUAUCUCAGGGAGCCCAAAUGGCAGCUGAAAACCUGGGUAUCAGUCUUGCCAACCUGCUGCUGAACAAGGGAGCCAAGAAGAUCCUGGAUAUAGCAAGACAGCUCAAUGAUGCCCACUAAUCUAGCCCUGAGGGCGUUUUCUGCCUAGGAACAUCGGAUUUGUUCUGGGGUGCCCUGAACCCUUCCCCCAUUAACUAACUCAACAGGGACUAUCCCUGGGCACAAAAACUGCAUCAUCCAAGACUCAAGUGUGGGAAGGGGGACCUGUUGCUGCUAAGCAUCCUAGUGCCUUGUCCUGACCCCCUUUAUACUAGGGGCUGGAGGAUAGUCUGUCUUCUGUGGAGUCGCAGACAUUGAAUGUAACCAAAUCUGUCAAUAAAACACUUCACCCGA